UCUCCCCGGAAAGGCAUUUCCUUUUUAAUCCGCUGUGGCUUCCUCGACACCUCUUCUGACCUGAUCGCCCGAUUCCUUUUGACACGAAAGGGUCUGAGCCGAUGGGCCAUUGGCGAAUAUCUGGGAGAGACUAAGGACGAAUUGGCCAACGCCACUCUUCGUUGCGAUGUGUUAAGGGAUCCGGCUGCUGCUGAUACUGACGAGCAGAUUGUCUGA